AUGGUGAAUGUGUCUCAAGCUGAAGUUGACCUCUAUGAGGUCCUCGGAAUCGCCAACAGCGCAAACAAAGAUGAGAUCCGCAAGGCUUAUCGCAAGGCUGCGCUCGCAAGUCACCCUGACAAAGUCCCCGAGGCAGAGCGUGAAGAAGCCGAGAUCAAAUUCAAGGCCGUCCAGGAAGCUUACGAUAUCCUCUACGAUGAAGACAAACGUCAUCUAUAUGAUACACAUGGAAUGGGCGCUUUCAACGGAUCUGGAGAGCCCGGUAUGGGCGCAGGCCCCGACCUAGAUGAUAUACUGGCGCAGAUGUUCGGUGGUAUGGGUGGCAUGGGCGGUAUGCCUGGAAUGGGCGGUAUGCCGGGAGGUCCGCGCGCGAAUAAACCACGGAGAAGCCCGAACGAGGAACAGAAGUAUGAAGUUAAGAUGGAAGAUCUGUACAAGGGCAAGACUGUCAAGUUUGCGAGUACGAAGAAUGUGAUUUGCAGCUUGUGUCAGGGCAAGGGAGGCAAGGAGAAGGCGCAGGCCAAACAGUGUGCUACUUGCGGCGGACAAGGUGUCAAGCAGGUCUUGAACCAGAUGGGACAGUUCCUUACCACGUCCACCGUGCCGUGCUCAACCUGCAACGGAGAGGGUGAAUUCUUUAGCCCCAAGGACAAGUGUAAGAAGUGUAAAGGAAAGAAGACGACGGAGGAGAGGAAGAUUCUGGAGAUUUACAUUCCUCGGGGAGCAAGGGAGGGAGAUAAAAUCAUUCUUGAGGGUGAAGCCGAUCAAGUACCAGGGCAAGAGCCCGGUGAUAUCGUGUUCCAUAUCGUGGAAGAAGACCAUCCUGUUUUCAGAAGGGCUGGAUCCGAUUUGACCGCUACCAUUGAUGUUACAGUGGCUGAAGCCUUGACGGGCUUUUCUCGAGUUGUGGUCAAGCACCUCGACGGCCGAGGUAUUGAACUGCAACACCCCAAGAAGCCGGGCGAUGUUCUGUCCCCAGGACAGGUCCUUAAGGUUCCUGGAGAGGGUAUGCCCAUGAAGCGUGGCGACGAACGCGGCGAUCUGUACCUGGUCGUCAACAUCAAGUUCCCAGACCAGAACUGGAAACCUAGCCCUGAGGUCCUGGAGAAACUCAAGGAGAUGCUGCCCAGGCCCGACGCCCCGAUCCAGGCUGACACUGUAGACGAAGUCGACUAUGAUCCUAAGGGUGAUCUGGAUGAAUUCGGUGCCAGGGACGCUCACGGCGGCUCUGCAUGGGAAGAUGAUGAUGAUGAGGGUGAACCGGCUCAAUGUGCGGCCCAGUAG